ACCGGAUCGGGGAACAUUCUGUAAAAUAUAGCGGAAUGCGUUUAAUACACGACUUACUAUUGGGUAAAGAGUAGACCGGUAUCAAACUAUUCACCAAUAAGAUUUUGGCUUACAUAUGCAAUCCUCAUGCAGGACGUGACCGAAAUUACCGAAAUCAUCAUGGCACUCGAAGACGAACAAAUCAUGGCCGGAAAUCCUCCAGAGGACGAAGAGGAGGAGGAAGAGGAGGAGGAGGAGGAGGAUGAAGAUCUUGUGGACCCAAGAGAUAAGAUCAGGGAGGAUUGCGAGGCAACAGGACACUGUGCCGCCUUGAAGGAGACCUUUGAUGCCUGCACAGACCGUGUCAGCGCCAAGUCUAACACAGAGGAGACAUGUACAGAGGAAUUCUUUGACUUCCUUCAUUGUGUGGAUCAUUGCACUGCACCACAGACGUUCAAGCAUUAUAAAUAAUGGCCAUCAUGGAGUGACCCUUCUCACUCUACAACUUGUGUAUCACUAGCUCUGCCCUGUUGCCAUGACUACAAAGAUGUCCACACUUCCAGCAUUACCAAACAUCAUCUGCAUCUUUUAAAUUUCAUCUCCAGAACCACAUCUUUUCUAUUGCAAAUGUUAUUUGAAUGUAGAGCAAUAAAAUUAUUGGAGGGUGUAUGCGACUUUAAUGAAAAGCUCAUAGAAGGAUUUGUACUGAUAUGAGGAGCAUCUGCAUGUUGUUUUCCCUUGCUCUCUUUUAAUUCAAUAUUCUCUCUUGUCUUUGUUGAGCAAUGAUUGCAAUGUUGAAAGAAGGGGAUAAGUUGAAACUCCAGCAUAUUAUUUCCUGUAUGCAAUGUUGUACAAUGCCCUGCCUGAAUAUUUCAAGGCCAGUAGUGUAGCUAUUUCGAUCCCUCAUCCUCUAUAUCCAUAUUUAUGAUUCAGAAAACAUUUGUCGGUGAUCAUGGCUGUACUACCAAACCAUUUAACACAUUUUAUUAGAAAGUGACCAUUUCCAUGGAUUUAGGAUUGCUUAAAACCAGAUGUGUCAAUGAAGUUUUGAUAAGUUGUAGAAGUGUGGGGAUGAUUUCCAGUAAUAUUCACUUCCCUCUGUAAAAUAAUUGGACAUAUGUUCCUCUUUGAGAUGAUUUUGUUUACCGGUCCAGAGUGAAUUUGAAGGAGUAUAAUUCUGUGAUUUGUGAAUAUAACAGAUAGGAAUUUACAUUCUCUUGUGUGAAUGGAUUUUUGGGGCAUGGCAAGCUGGAUUGUUUACUAGUUUAGAAUUUGUGCAAAGAUGAAUUAUAUGUAUUGUUAUGAAAUUAAAUAUUGAAGAAAAAAAA